AAAAACAAGUAUUUGACAAAGCCUCCUAAUUUUGCACAAUUAGCAACAAAAUAUCCCUUCUUUGCACAAUAUGUUGAUUCGGAGGGAAAAGUUGAUUGGUCCAAUGCUGAAUCAAUGGUAAAUUUAACUAAAGUUCUAUUAAAAGAUGAUUAUCAACUUGAAUGGAAUUUACCUCUCAAUCAUUUAUGUCCUCCAGUUACGAAUCGAGUUAAUUAUAUUCAUUGGAUUAAUGAUUUAUUAGAAAUUGGAGGAAAUACUCAAUUGGAUUCUCAGAAAAUUGUUGGAAUUGAUGUUGGAACAGGUGCCAGUUGCAUUUAUCCAUUGUUGGGAUUGAGAAUUUAUGGAUGGAAAUUUAUUGCAAGUGAUAUUUGUGAGGAAAGUUUGGAAUUUGCAAAGAAAAAUGUGGAAAUGAAUGAAUUUCAGAAUGAUAUUUGUCUUGUUAAGGUUGAUAAAGAAUCGGGAGAUAUUUUGAAAAGCUUGAUUCCAUCCCUAAAGGAAAAAUAUGGAAAUUCAAAUGUGGAAUGGGUGAAUUCAUUUGAUUCUGUUCACUUUACAAUGUGUAAUCCUCCAUUCUUUGAUGUGGAUGAAGAGAUUAAGAGAAAUCCUAAUAAUGAUUGUCGAGGAAAUGAAAAUGAAAUGAUUACUGAAGGUGGAGAGGAAACAUUUGUCAAGAAUAUGAUGAACGAUAGUUUUUACUUGAUCAAGAAGAAGGAAACUUUUGAAAUAUUCAAGAAUUGUUGGUUCACUUCAAUGCUUGGUAAAAAGAAAACUCUACAAUCAUUGAAAGAAUACGUCAACCAACUCAAUGAAACAAUCAAGCUCUAUGAGGAUCAAUCUAUUCAAAAUAUGCAAUUGACCUUUCACAUAACUGAAUUUAUUCAAGGACAAACUACUAGAUGGGGUUUUGCUUGGAAAUUC